GAUCACAAGCUGUCCUCCGUUCGCUUCUCCUCGUUUCCUUUUACCUCUUUACCACUCUUUUCCCCGGUCAUCCGGUAUUUUCUGGCAUCCCUGCCAGGGUGCUAAGGCGCAUCCCUCCGCGGCGCUUCUUUCUCUCUCCAGGACGAGGCGGUGUGAGAUCGUCGCCACCAUGUCUGCACACCUGCAGUGGAUGAUUAUCCGCAACAACUCGAGCUUCCUCAUCAAGCGAAACAAGCAGACCUUCAGCACCGAGCCCAACAACCUGAAGGCUCGCAACUCGUUCCGCUACAAUGGACUCAUCCACAAGAAGACGGUGGGGGUGGAGGCGAACCCCAGCGGCAAGGGCGUCGUGCUCGUCACCAAGAAGCGCACGAAUCAGCGCAAGCCCGGCAGCAGCUACGUGCGCACGGUGAUCAACAAGGACGCGCGCUCCACGCUCAGCAGCAUCCGCCACGUCAUCCGCAAGAACAAGUACCGCCCCGACCUGCGCAUGGCCGCCCUUCGCCGCGCUAGCGCCAUCCUCAAGAGCCAAAAGCCGGUGAAGGAGGUGAAGAAGCAGGCGCGCCGGCCACGUGGCACCAAGGCGGCAUAAGCCGUCCCUGGCCACCACCACCGCCACGUUCACUCGCGGAAAUAAAACCCUUCAGCUCCCAC